CCCCUUCCCCUCGCAUCCUUGGAAGCAACAAUUAAGCAGCUCUGGGAUAAAACACACAGCCCGCGGGAGCACGGGGGCAUUGCUUCAAGAGAUGGCAAGGCAGGCAGCUGCACCCCUCCUUCCCGGAGUCCUCCUCCUCCUCUUCUCCAUCCUCCCGGCUACUCAGCAAGGAGGGGUCCCUGGUGCUAUCCCGGGAGUGGGAGUCCCAGGAGCAGGCUUUUUCCCAGGUGCUGGAGUUGGAGGUUUGGGAGCAGGACUCGGGGUUGGAGCAAAACCUGGCAAACCAGGGGUCGCAGGACUUGGGGGACUCGGCCCACUUGGCCUGCAGCCAGGUGCUGCAGGUCUCUUCCCAGGAGCUGCCUUCCCUGGGGGGGCCUUCCCAGGGGCCGCCGGGGCCGCGGCUCUCAAGGCUGCUGCGAAAGCUGGUGCUGUGGUACCGGGCGCGGUGCAGCCCGGGGUUGGCGCGGCAGGGAAACCCCCUAAAAUACCAGGUGCUGGGAUUCCUGGAGCUUUUCCGGGCGGCGUGCUCCCCGGAGCAGGCAUUCGCUUCCCUGGCGUAGGGGUGCUGCCCGGAGUACCCACUGGAGCUGGAGUCAAGCCAAAAGCUCCAGGAGUUGGGGCCUUUGGAGGAAUCCCUGGACUGGGAGGUUUUGGAGGUCCACAGCCCGGUGUCCCUCUGGGGUAUCCCAUCAAAGCUCCUAAGCUCCCAGGUGGCUAUGGAUUGCCCUACACCAAUGGCCUCAGGCCCGGUGGGCCAGGAGCAGGCCUUGCAGGGAAGGCAGGGUAUCCCACCGGGACAGGAGUCGGAGCUCAGGCGGCCGCGGCAAAGGCAGCAGCGAAAUACGGAGCCGGUGUCCUGCCCGGGGUUGGCGGCAUCCCAGGAGUCGGCGGCUUGGUACCCGGCGUGCCAGGAGUUGGAGUUGGAGGAGCAGCAGCGGCGGCGGCAGCAGCGAAGGCGGCGGCAAAGGCAGGAGCCCUUGCUCCAGGGGCAGUGCCUGGAGUUGGUGGUGUUGGUGUCCCUGGCUUGGUCCCUGGCGUUGGAGCUGUCCCAGGACUGGUGCCCGGCGUUGGAGUCCCCGGGGUGGCAGGGGUGCCGUCGGCAGCAGCAGCAGCAAAGGCAGCUAAAUUCGGAGCUGGUGUUCCUGGUGUUGGUGUUCCCGGUGUUGGUGUUCCUGGUGUUGGCGUUCCGGGUGUUGGGGUCGGUGCUGUCCCAGGCGUCGUGCCCGGAGUUGGUGUCCCCGGAUUGGUGCCCGGUGUCGGAGCUGUUCCCGGGGUGGCAGGGGUGCCGUCGGCAGCAGCAGCAGCAAAGGCAGCUAAGAUUGGAGCUGGUGUUCCUGGUGUUGGUGUUCCCGGUGUUGGUGUUCCCGGCGUUGGCGUUCCGGGUGUUGGGGUCGGUGCUGUCCCAGGCGUCGUGCCCGGAGUUGGUGUCCCUGGAUUGGUGCCCGGUGUCGGAGCUGUCCCCGGGGUGGCAGGGGUGCCGUCGGCAGCAGCAGCAGCAAAGGCAGCUAAGAUCGGAGCUGGUGUUCCUGGUGUUGGUGUUCCCGGUGUUCCCGGUGUUGGCGUUCCGGGUGUUGGGGUCGGUGCUGUCCCAGGCGUCGUGCCCGGAGUUGGUGUCCCCGGAUUGCUGCCCGGUGUCGGAGCUGUCCCCGGGGUGGCAGGGGUGCCGUCGGCAGCAGCAGCAGCAAAGGCAGCUAAAUUCGGAGCUGGCAUUCCUGGCGUUGGUGUUCCCGGUGUUGGCGUUCCUGGUGUUGGAGUUGGCGGCGUCCCAGGCCUUGUGCCCGGAGUUGGUGUCCCCGGAUUGGUGCCCGGUGUCGGAGCUGUCCCCGGGGUGGCAGGGGUGCCGUCGGCAGCAGCAGCAGCAAAGGCAGCUAAGAUUGGAGCUGGUGUUCCUGGUGUUGGUGUUCCCGGUGUUGGUGUUCCCGGCGUUGGCGUUCCGGGUGUUGGGGUCGGUGCUGUCCCAGGCGUUGUGCCCGGAGUUGGUGUCCCCGGAUUGGUGCCCGGUGUUGGAGCUGUCCCUGGGGUGGCAGGGGUGCCGUCGGCAGCAGCAGCAGCAAAGGCAGCUAAGAUCGGAGCUGGCGUUCCUGGCAUCGCUGGCGUUCCCGGUGUUCCCGGUGUUCCCGGUGUCCCUGGAGUCCCUGGUGUUCCUGGUGUCCCAGGCGUGCCCGUCGUGCCUGGAGUUCCUGGCGUGGUGCCUGGUGUCGGAGUGGGUGGCCCGGCAGCCGCAGCGGCCGCGGCGAAGGCGGCAGCGAAAGCCGCAGCAAUCGGACGCGUUCCCGGUGUCGGCAUUCCCGGUGUCGGCGUUCCCGGUGUCGGCGUUCCCGGUGUCGGCGUUCCCGGUGUCGGCGUUCCUGGAGUUGGUGUGCCCGGAGUUGGUGUUCCUGGUGUAGGUGUGCCCGGUCUGGUGCCUGGGGUUGGCAUUCCAGGAGUUGGUCCUGCAGCCGCCAAAGCAGCCGCCAAAGCAGCCAAGUUUGGAGCAGUUCCUGGUGUAGGUGGCCUUGUUCCUGGUGUAGGUGGCCUUGUUCCCGGUGUGGGUGGCCUGGUCCCUGGUGUUGGAGGCGUCCCUGGUGUUGGAGGCGUCCCAGGGGUUGGAGUUCCGGGCGCAGCAGCGAAAGCAGCAGCAAAGGCAGCGAAAUUCGGAGCCGGGGUCGGAGGGGUGCCCGGUGUUGGUGUGCCCGGUGUUGGUGUGCCCGGUGUUGGUGUGCCCGGUGUUGGUGUGCCCGGCGCGGUGCCCGGUGUUGGUGUGCCCGGGUUGGUGCCAGGUGUGGGAGUACCUGGAGCUGGUGUCCUCCCCGGGGCAGGCAUCCCCCAAGUAGGUGCUAAACCUCCCAAAUUCGGUGUGCCCGGAGUUGGAGUGCCAGGAGUCGGUGGCCUCCCAGGUGGCCUUGGAGUUGGUGGCCUUGGAGUCCCUGGGCUUGGUGUUGGAGCUGCUGGGAAACCUCCCAAGGCGGGUUUUGGUGCUGGUCUAGGGGUUGGAGUUCCCGGCUUCGGCGUGUCACCGAUAUUUCCAGGUGGGGUCGGUGCCCCGCUGGGAUUUGCUGGGAAGCCCCCCAAGGCCUACGGAGGAGCCCUCGGUGCCCUGGGCUUCAGAGGCGGCGUGGGCUGCGCAGCAGGGAAGUACUGCGGGAGGAGGCGGAAGUAACCGCGGCCGUCACCGCUGACCUCAUGAACUUUGGUGCUACUGCAUGGUCCAGAAUGUAAAUCCCGAGCAAAGCUGAGACGCCCCCCCCCUUCCCCAAAAACCCCCCGUCCAUCCCGGGGCCGUCCCCGGCCCCGCGUUCCCAGGAGGGAUCCCGCACCUCCGGCAGCAUCCGUCGCCCCCCAGCCCCUCGGUCCCGGCAGGGAGCGCGGAAUAAACUGCGGGGAGCAGCCGUCCCCCUUGGUGCUAUCGCUCUCUGCGGGAUUUUGGGGGGGGGCUCGGGGUGUCGCACCCCUCCCCAGCCCCAGAGCUGACCCCCCCGGGGGGGGGGGCAGGAUGAGGGGUACCCCACAUUGGAGGAAGGGAGGGAGGGAAGGGGAUGCCGGCGGCGGGGGCUGCACGGGGAGGGAUGGCCCCGUCGGUCCCCGCGAUCCCCCCGGUCUGGGGGGGGCCGCGGGCAGGAGGGGCUCGGUCCCUUCGUGUUGCUCACUUUGCUAUAACUGGGUGGGACGCCCUUAUACAGAGGGACUCGCUUCUGACAGACUAAUAAAGGACAAGUUUUUAAAGGA